CUUCCUGACCCUAGUCUCUACCCGAGCGUGACGCACACGGUCAUUGUGCAAAGGAUGCGUUUAUCGAUCACAACGCCAAUAAUUUGUGAUAAUAAUUUUUUCCAGUGAAUUUUGUUUUUUUUUUUUUUUUUUUUUUGUUGUUCCCGCGUCGAUUUUCUCUCGCGCGGAUUUUCGACGAGUUUGUGCAUGUGCGCGAGGAAGUGACAGAAGAAAAUUUGCCGCGAGCUCACAAGAUUGAAGCGAGCACUGGGAAAAUGCUUUCAACAAUAUAAUCGCAAGCAACGCACACGAGAUGCUUAUCGCCAUGAAUAAAAUUGGAAGACAUUGGUGUCGAUUGUUAUUGCUUAUCGCGAUCUUGUCGGAGCGCGUUGAUACGGAAAAGCAAAAGCGGCAAAUCUUUCGAGAGCAAGUGUUGCCAGCAUUGGGUGGCAAGAUUCCGGAAGAGGCCUUUAGAACAGAUCGCUUGGCGCUGAAUCGACUCAACAAGGAAGGUAUCUCGGUGCCGGACGGUGUUGUCCUGGAUGCUCGUCACGUUCAGAAACAUUCUCACACCGAUCGGAGAACGCCGUCGGAAAUUCUAAAAGUCCAUCAAACAUCAGACGGUCGAUACGUAUCGCCAGAAGGGCGAGCCGCACCGAAGGCAGUUGAGACGACGUACAUCAUACGUAGGCCGUUUAUGCACACGCAUCACAAACCGCCGAGAAAUUUCGAAAAUGUCAAAGACACUCUCCGAAGUUAUCCAAAACCGCACGUUUACACGAAUUAUAGACAAUUUGUGCCAAUUACAGUGCCUAUUAAACCAGGCGUUUACAAGCCUGUUAUAAGACCCUUGAUACUUCCUUCCACCUUUGAUACUUCGAUCGACGAAGAACUAUAUGAUUUAUCGGAUUGGAAAACGGAAUACGAUUGGGACACCGUGUGCGAGCCGUUUGACGAUGAUUAUUACAGCAACAACAUUGCGUAUUUCGACUCUCGUCAGAUCAUCACGAAUUAUCAAGAAUUUCUCGACGAGUUUCAUAAACGAUCGUUGAGACACGUGGCAUCAAGACCUAAUCAACAAUAUCGUCGGAACCAUCACUGAAAGAAUCAAAAAUUUGUGAUG